AUGGGUAUUAACUUCAAUGAGGUUCUCUCUGGACUGUACAUUGGGAAUGUGCGGUCUCGGAACUACGACAGCUCUCCUGAGAACUGCAAAACCUGUAUUUCGGUAGGUGUAUAUGACAUGGGGAAACCUAGAUGGGCAAGUAAUUAUUAUUUUUACAAACUGUUGGACAGGCAGGAUGUGUCAUACGAGGUCAUGCACACCAUCGUGUUCUCUGCUGCGGAAGUUAUCGACAAAUGCGUUAGUCGAGGGGUACUCGUCCAUUGUGGUGUCGGUGUUAGCCGGAGUGCGUUGGUUGUAAUAGGAUACCUUAUGAUUAAGAAGAACAUGUCAUUUCCUGACGCAUAUGCACUGCUCCGGAGCAGGCGGUCGUGCAUUAACCCGAACGAUGGGUUUGUGGAAUUUUUGAAAAUUCUUGAUGCACAACUGACUAACGAACGCCGGACCUUCCUUACCUCUCAGCUUGCAAAAGCAGACGUCAAUUACGAGGAUCUCGAUAUACGUGACUCCACGAAUGCAGUGUAA